AUGAGCGGGCCCCAGCAGGAAUCUCACUCGGAGCAACAGGAGGCCGAGGUGCAGGCCCUGAACGCCAUCUAUGGCCAGGACUUCAGUGAUCUCCGGGAGCAAGACCCAUGGAAGGUGAAACGUCCUCCAGAAAUCUGCAUUGUGCUGCACCCUCAGGGAUUGAUCAAUGUUACAGACAGUCAUGUUGCUGUGGAUUUACAUGUUAAUUGCCCAGCCCAAUACCCAGAUGUACCUCCAGAAAUUGAGCUGAAGAGAGCAAAAGGCCUAUCUAAUGAAAAACGCAACCGGUUGCAUGCAGAGCUGGUGAAGCUAGCUAAAGAUCAUUGUGGAGAGGUGAUGAUAUUCGUCUUGGCUGAUCAUGUGCAGGCAUUUCUCAGUGAAAACAACAUUCCUCCCUCUAAAUCCUUCUAUGAGGAAAUGCUGAAGAACCAACAGGAGCAAGAGCGACGACUUGCACAGGAGGAACAACGCAGGAUAGAACAGAAAAAGAAGCAAGAUGAAAAAAUGCAACGUGAAAUCCUUGAAGAAAUUCAAAGAUUAGAAGAGGAAAAGAGGGAUGCAAAGAAACUAACUCAGUUGGCCAAACAGGAGCGGCGGGAAAAUGCACAAGUGACCAUUCCAGGAAAUCCUUCCAAAAUUCCUGCUUCGAACAGGCAGUCUCCUGCCAACUUGAAUGAAAAUGCAGUGGACCAAGUCGACUACAAAAAGGGAGGGAACAACCGACGUCGAACCAAUUCCAACGGCCGAUCAAAGCGAGAACGGCAACUUUCUGUAUGUAGCAAUGACGACGGUGCCCAGCCAUGCAAGCUUAUACAUUUCAACAUGGGAUCAACUGGAGGGUGCACAGUACACAGGGGAAAGCUUAUCGGUGAGAACGAGCUGUUGAACCGGUCAGUCUACUAUGCCUUGGAAGAAUUGACAGGAAAUUUUGUGGUAAUCUAUGAAUGGGUUCUUCAGUGGCAGAAAAAAAUGGGCAAGUUCCUCACUAGUGAGGAGAAGGACAAAGUCGAAAAAUGCAGAAAGCAGAUCCAAGGUGCAGAAAGUGAGUUUAACUCUUUGUUGAAACUGAGCCACUCAAACCUGGUGCGUUACAUAACAAUGUGCUGCAAAGAGCAGGAGAACUCUAUUGUGGUCAACCUUCUCGUCGAGUAUGUUAAUGGCUUCAGCCUCUCGGAUGCUCUGAACAAAGGGACCCCCAUUGCAGCUGAACGACUCCAGCACUAUGCGGCACAGCUCCUGACAGCCCUGGACUACCUCCAUAAUAACUCUGUGGUGCAUAAGGUCCUUAGUGCCUCAAGUGUUCUUGUAGAUGGGGAAGGCAAUGUGAAGUUGACAGAUUACAGCAUCUCCAAGCGGCUGGCUGACAUUUGUAAAGAGGAUGUGUUUGAACAGACUAAAGUACGAUUCAGUGAGAAUGCUCUGCCUUACAAGAGUGGUAAAAAAGGGGAUGUGUGGAGGCUGGGCCUCCUCCUGCUGGCUCUCAGCCAGGGCAGUGUUGUAAAGGAAUACCCGAUAAUUGUGCCGAGCAACCUGCCCAACGACUUUCAGGAUUUCCUCAACAAACCAGUUGACAUUGAUUCAGACAGUGACAUUGUCUUUGAGGAUGGCGAUGGAAGCAACAACAACAAUCCUGUGGACAUUCGAUGCACUCUUGACUUCUCAUCCUUUUCUGAGCUGGACAGGGAAGCUACAAAUGCAAAGAAUCCGGAGGAUGGCAAAAUGGAGAAGGCAGAGGUCGUCAUGGUACCUCAGACAGUACACUAUCUGUAUAUUCAGAUGGAAUAUUGUGAGAAAAGCACUUUACGAGACACAAUUGACCGGGGACUGUAUAGAGAUAUCAAACGCCUCUGGAGGCUGUUCAGGGAAAUUCUUGAUGGCCUAGCCUAUAUCCAUGAACAGGGCAUGAUUCAUCGGGAUCUGAAACCUGUUAAUAUAUUUUUGGAUUCCAAUGAUCACGUGAAAAUCGGAGAUUUCGGCUUAGCCACAGAUCACCUUGCUAAUACGGCAGGUGACAGACAGGAAACAGAAGCCAGUGGACCCAUUCAUUUUAUCAAAUCUGACCCAGCAGGGAAUCUGACUGGAAUGGUUGGCACUGCUUUGUACGUGAGCCCUGAAGUACAGGGUAACACAAAAGCCUCCUAUAAUCAGAAAGUGGAUCUGUUCAGUUUGGGAAUUAUUUUCUUUGAGAUGUCGUAUCGUCCCAUGGACACAACGUCUGAAAGGAUAUCUGUUCUCAGCAAACUACGAAUGCCAACAAUUGAGUUUCCUGAAGAUUUUGAUGAAGAAAGAUGUUCAAAACAGAGAUUGAUAGUCGGCUGGCUGUUAAAUCAUGACCCAGCAAAACGUCCCACCGCAGUAGAGUUGCUGAAAAGCAAGCAUCUCCCCCCACCCCAGAUGGAGGAAUCGGAACUCCAUGAAAUGCUGCACCACGCACUGGCGAAUACCAGUAGCAAAGUUUACCGGACACUGGUCACCCAAAUCUUCUCCCAGCACAUCACCCCUGCCAUGGAUUUCACCUAUGAUAUUGAUGUUCACAAGGGCAGUUUUUCAACGCACCAUGCCAUGCUCCGGCACUUUGUACAUGAGACAGUAUGUCGUGUAUUCAAAAGGCAUGGAGCUACCUGGUUGCACACACCGCUAUUUAUGCCAAAGAACAAAAAGUUGUAUGAGGGUAGUGAGGGAGCCUAUUUCAUGGAUCAUAGUGGCAUGCUGGUCAUGCUUCCGCACGACCUCCGGGUGCCGUUUGCAAGGUUUGUGGCAAGAAACAACAUCACUAGUUUAAAAAGGUACUGUAUUGAACGGGUAUUCAGACCCCGAAAGCUGGACCGCAGUCAUCCUCGAGAGCUCUUGGAAUGUGCAUUUGACAUUGUCACACCAAUCACAAACAACCUACUGCCAGACGCAGAGGUGAUCUACACAGUUUUCGAAAUUAUUCAGGAAUUUCCUGUACUACAGGAGCUCAACUAUAGCAUCUAUCUGAACCACACCAGCCUGUUGAAGGCAGUCCUAUUGUACUGUGGGAUGCCAGAAGACAAAUUCCAGCCAGUAUGUAACAUCCUAUGUGAUUCUAUGAUGGGGAAACUGACCAAGCAAGAGGUAGAAGCCAAGUUCUGCAAUCUGUCACUGUCACAGAAUAAUCUGUUGCACCUAUAUAAAUAUACUGAGAAAAAGCUGGAUCUGAAAGACUUGAGAGAUGUACUGAAACCUCUCAUGAAGGGGAAGAUAGCUGUUUGCCAGCUGGUAAAACAGGCCUUAAAGGAGCUUGAGGAAGUUAUAGAACUCCUGAAGAAACUUGAUGUCAAACUAAAGGUCGUGGUUAACCUGGGCCUUGUCUACAAGGUGCAGCAGCACAGUGGAGUAAUUUUUCAGUUUGUAGCACUCGUGAAGCGGCGACAUCAUAUUGUGCCAGAUAUUUUGGCAGCUGGAGGGAGGUACGACAGUCUGAUCCUUGAGUUCCAGAAACCACAGGUUGUGGGACCACUGCCCUCUGCUGUAGGAGUCAGCCUUGCCUUGGAUAAAAUUUACACCCUUUGUAACGCAUCUGAGCAGCCUGCUAUCUGUGAGAUCCUGGUGGUUGCCGUCGGGAGUGUGUCACUGGACAGAGCCAUUGGCCUCAUUCUGCAAUUGUGGAAAUCUGGCAUAAAAGCUGAGUUGCUGCACAAUGUCACCCAGGAAGAAGCUCAGGAGCAUUGUAAACAGGUUGGAAUCAGUUACUCCGUCCUUAUCUCUGAUAAGGAGAGUAAACAUGUGAAGGUACGAUCAUUUGAAAAGGACAAGCAAACUGAAAAACGAAUUCUGGAAGUGGAGGUAGUGGAGCACUUAAAGAAAAUCAAAUCUAAGAUCUCGGAGGAAAAGAGCAAUAGGGAAACUCCAGAGAGCCCCUCCUCUCAGAACCUGAAAGGGUCACUCAGCAGUUCUACAGGACCUUUUGAAUCACAUGGAAGCUCCUUAGUGCCAAAUUUUAAUUUAAUUUCACCUGAGAAACUGUCAGCAAGCAUGAAACGGCGAUACGAGGAAAAGGUUCUCUCAAGACUUCAAACCUUUGUUAAUAACCUGCAGCAGAAAAGCAAUGACAUUGAGGUUUUAGCGGUUGACGUAUCGAAGGAAACUCUGAUCAGCUUCUUAUCGCUUGAGUACGGUGGAGAUGAGCAAACAUUCAAUGUCAGCGUGCAACACCUGCUUUCCCGGUCAACUAAACAGCGCUACCUGAAAUCCAUCUGUGACCAAAUCCACCAUUUCAAGUUGAUCAAGAGAGUGUCCUGCCUAGUCCUGUACAGUUACAGAGACGACUACUACAGGAUUCUAUUCUAAUAAAGCUCCAUGUUUGACGUUUGUCCAGAAGGGUUGUUCUGACCAAGGGAAUUGUACCUGUGGAGUUCACGAACUGGAUAUCAGUUGGAGUUAUUUGAAUCAAGAGAAGUUAUGACAGACAACGUGAUAAAUCAUGUACCAUCAAGUCAGCACUCCUUGAGAUUAUGUUCUCAGCCCUGCACUUUCACUCAGUUUCUCCACCCCUGCCAAAGCAAAGUUGGUGACUGUCAAAUGUCCUGUGUAGUUGUUUUACCAGCUAGGGGCACCAGCAGGCUGUUUGCUAAUGUAGUUUUGAGUGGUGCAUCCUUUUAGAUACAAGAGUUGGAGUUUAAAAUAACUGAGGAUCUUUUCAUGCUGUAAGUACUGUGCACUUUCCUGAUUGAGACACGUGUUACCAAAAGGCAAAAGUUUAAUAUCGGUAUGAGAUGUGUUAGUGAGCAGUUCCUUUGUUGUUUUUCCACUGUAUUAUAUUCUAUUUCUUCACAUGCUUCUGUAGAUUAUCUGCUCCACCCACUCUUCCCAAAUCAGGUAGUCUUAAGCUGAAUAUGGUCGCACACCAGCCCCCUGAGAGAUAUUGUACUUCUCUGCUGUCAGCUGAGGGAAGCUUGAGGUUUUGAACAGCCAUUUUCAUUCAGGUCUCAGCCAGUGCUUGCAGUGAAACUUUGAGCCUGCAGUAUUGUCACAUACUCAAACACACUGCUGUUUCCAGCUGCAGCUUUCCACUCAGGUCACCCAGACUGUUUGAAUUACAAAAUUACGUGCUUGAAUUGAAGAAAAAAGUGCCUUUUAAAUUUAUCAAUUUCUAGGCCAGGCCCAACAAUAAGUGAAUUUUGAGACUGUACUGAAUUUCGAGGAUCCAUGCUGUUUAACUACUCUGCCAGUGAAUACACUGAUUGCAAGAGAGGAAUUUUUUACACAUACAGUUCAGUUAAAAUCAUGGCGUAUAAAUUUAAACCAUAAUGUUCCUUAGCCAGUGAAUACAUUAAUGUACAGGAGAGGAUUUUUAACACAUAUGGUUUAGUUAAAAAUCAUGGUGUCUGAAUAGUGUUCCUUAACCAAAACUAAUCUCCAUCCUGGGUCAAUGUCAGUCAUUUGCUGAGCUGUAUUGGCACAUUCAGACCGAUUCAUCUUGUCCGCUGAAUGUAGCCUUCCAUCACUGCCACUAACCAGACCAAGGCUGGGAACAAUGCUAAAGCUAAAUUUGUGACUUGAAUGUUCCCUGUGUACUCAAAAGUUUGAUCAUAGCUAAUGUUCAGUUUCAAAAUUGAUUACCUGUUUUCAUGGCAUUUCAUUAUUGACUAUCUGUAUUUCACUUCACAUGUUCUUCCUGCCUUCGGGCUGAAGAGAGGAGGAGGACGCCUAAUCAAGGGUAAAAGGAAAUGGGCCCUGAGAUUUAACUGGGGCUUUCCCUAGUUUCCUGGUGUAACUUGGCAGUGGCUAAGUGGGAUUAAUAUAGUUUUUACAGUCCAGGAAGAAGUCAUUUGGCCCAUCAGUUUUAGGACAGCGUUCUCAGUACAGCAAUCCAGUCAGUCCCAUCCUACUCUUUUUAUUUUAAAAAGAAUAACCAAAAUGUUUAGAAAACUUAGAUAAAACGUCAGUACUAGGGAUCACGAACCAAGGCCAAUGGACUCCACAUGCUCCCUUUCCAUGGACACUGGAGUAGGGACAUACCUUUGGAAGAAAGACAGUCAGACAUCCUCAGAGUCCAUUCUAUCCCUGCAAAUUUUAAUUCCCUCAAAUGCUAGUCUAGUUACUUUUGAAAUUGCUUCCACUCCUGUAACAGGCAGUAUUUUAUAGGUUAUUACUAUUCACAAAGUUCUUCCUCAUGUCCCCCAGACUUCUUGUCCAAAAUCUAAAAUCUGUGUUCCUUCAUCCUUAUAUCAUCCCCUCGUGGGAACAGUUUUAGAUAAGGUGGACAGUCUGGGACACCUGUAUCAAAUCACCUUAUACUGAGCAGAUUAGAAUACUUUAUCUUAGGAAAUUUUGUUUAUCAAAACCUUUAGUAAUUCUGAUACUGUGAAUUUAGAUUUUAAAAAAAACCUAUAGUGAAAACAAACAAAUCUGUAUAUAUGUGAGAUACCUGUCUCCUGAACUUUCUCUGUAUCCCAUCACUUGUUGGUUUUGUUCAUGAGUGAAGGAAGAGGUAAUGCUGGUUGACUUAAUUUAAUCUGUUAUCAAACCUAGCCCAGACUGUAAAUGGCUCUAUAUAACUUGCACCUGCCCUGAACAAUCUGAUGAGUAAAGGUAAUGUACAAACACCAAUGUUUUACUGAAAAAAAUCCCACUAUACUGUCAUGCUUCAUUAAUAUAAUCUUAAUUUCAAUUAAGUUUUUUGUACAUCCAACUAACAUCCAUUGAAUUUUGAAACUUUGUUCCUUGCUAUGUUCCUCUGAUCUUAUUCCUAAUAUACAAGCCUAUACCCAUCAGGAUUCAAUACAUUAUCUCUAUCAAAUAGGAGACCAUUUUUCUUGAAAUUAUAUUUCUUGAUUUCCCCCAUGUUAAACAUCCUCACAAAAUCUUACAUUUCAAUAAAAUCAUCAAUCUUACCUCAUAAGACAACCCCUUCAACUCAGGAAUGUGCCAAGUGAACCUUCUCUGAACUGCUUCAAAUACAAGUGUCUCCUUAUUUAAGGAGGGAUACCAAAACCAUACACAGUAAGAUGUCGGUAUCUUCCUAAACUCCAUCUGUGAAAUUUCUGUCCACUCACUUAACAUGUUUAUAUCCCUUGUAGACUCUCUUGCAUUCUCCUCACUACUGCUUUCCAGCAAAUUUGUCUUCAGGCCAUUCCAUCUCUUCAGCCAAGUCACCAAUGUAGACUGUAGACCAGUUAUGACCAAAUCAUUGAUUCCCUGUGGCAGCCUGCUGGCUAUAAUUUGCCAAUCUAAAAGUGGACUUUUAUCCCAACUGUGUCUUGAUGAUUAGUGAAGCCCAGAAUUCACCUCAGAUUAGUGAUACAAUUAUAGUAUCCCAACCUCUUGAACCUGCGGUCCUAAGUUGAAGUCCCACCUACUCCAGAAGUGUGUAAUAACAUCUGUGAACAGGUUAAUUAGAAAAUAUUGUGUUUUACAGAGAGGACACUACACGUCUCUCAAUAGAAGGUACUCCCAGAAUUGAUUAAUGAGAUGAAUAACAGCAUCUCACAGUAAAUCAUAAAUGCCAACAAACAAUUUAUUUAAACAUUUCUAAUUCAGAUGUAAGUGGCAAUAACCUGAUGAACUGAGAAUCUAAGCAUACAAUAAUUUUUCUGUUGUAGGUAAUGGAAAACUGUGGCUGAUUGGGUUUUUUCUUGACAAAUGGUAUGUUGGAGCAGAUGCCUGUAGACACAUAAAAUACAUGAAUUGUUUAAAUGUGAAUUACAUUAGGAAAAAAACUGCUUUCUUUUUAGGUCAUGUUUGGUCACAAAUAGAAGGAGUAAAAGGUGACAGUAAUGUAGAUAGAAUUGUACUUUUGUACAUCGCUAUGAAUACUGGAAAUCUGAAAUAAAAACACAAUGCUGAAAAA